UAGACGAGCACGGAGUCGAGUAUCUCACCAUGAAAGCGCUUGGCCUACUGAUCGUGUUGGUUGUAAUUUUCAGCCGCGGUGACGCACAGUUUCCGCGGGUGUGCAUCAGCGACGACUUAUUGGAGAUCAAAGAGUGCUGCCCCAUUCCGCAGGGCUUCACCGAGCCGUGUGGUGGGCCUGGGCGGGGGCACUGCAACGACACCCACAUUCCCGACGUGGAAAACUCCGUUAGGAUUAACGAGUACGAAGUGGACGACCGGCGCCGCUGGCCUACAGUUUUCUUUGGAAGGACCUGCGCGUGUGAGGGCAACUUCAUGGGAUACGACUGUACCAGGUGCAUCUGGGGAUACAGUGGGGACGACUGCAGCAUAAAACAGAAGCCAGCUGUGCGAAAGAACAUUCUGAAUCUUAACGAUGAGGAGAGAAGCAAGUUCCAGCGCUACUUUAACAACACGAAGUACACUACCAGUGACUUCGUUUAUGCUCUGGAAUUCAAAGAAAACAUCAGGGGAAGCCAAGACUUCGCCAGCCUCUCUGUGUGGGACUUCUUCAUGGCAACGCAUUACUACGCCAGCCGAGCAACCAUGCCACCCGCCAGUGCAGAAAUCUGUAAGGAGAAAAAUGAGUGCUUCCUGGACUUCGCGCACGAGGGUGUCGGUUUUCCCACAUGGCACCGCGCGUACGUGCUGGAGUUUGAGCGGGCCGUGCAGGAAGUCAACGACGACUCCGACUGGACCUUGCCGUAUUGGGACUGGAGCGCUGCGGAGGACAACCAGUGCGACAUCUGCACCAACGACUACGUCGGCAAAAACGACCCGGACGGCAACCUGGACACGGGGUCUGUCUUCGCCAAUUGGGAGACCAUCUGCGUUGACCUACCCUCGUUUGACGAAGCCACCAACAGGACCCACACCAAACCGUGCAAUGUGACGGAAGGGACAGGAAAGCUGAAGCGAAACCCUGGGAACGCGGAUACGGACAGCCUCGGAGAGUCAAUGGCCAGGCUGCCCUAUACAACCGAGGUGGACUUCGCCCUUCGUUUCUCUACGUACGACACGCCUCCUUACGGCAGGAUCUCCGACUGCAGCUUCCGGAACCUGCUGGAGGGGUAUGCCGACACCAGCACCGGCAAGAACCGGCAAACCACAACAAACGGUACAGUAACGGUUCCUGGAGCUCACACCCUGCACAACCACGUGCACAUUUACCUGGACGGCACGAUGUCUGAUGUCCCCUCCGCAGCGAACGACCCCAUCUUCUUUCUGCACCACUGCAACGUCGACCGCUUGUUCGAGACGUGGAUUCGUCGAUACGGGACCAAUGAUUUGAUCAACAAUCAACCGGAGACAGGUGCCUCGCCCGGCCACAGCCGCAAUGAGUACAUCGUGCCGAUCUUCCCGCCGUACAGUCACGCCACCAUAUUCAAACGAUCCACGGAGUUAGGAUACGACUACCAGGAGCUUCACGAAGAAGGGACGGAUGGAGGAAGCGACAUGGGAGAGUGCGGCGUAGCGGCACAGAGCGGCGUGUCUCCGCGUGUGAUCGGAAUGGCAGUUGGCAUCACCUUAGGGCUUGUGCUUCUUGCGGUUGCCGUUGUGUUGUUUAUCCUAUACGGUCCCAAAAUGCCACCGCGUCAGGUCGAAGACACAGGCACGGAGAUGUCCGUGCAGACAUGAGCAGAACAACUUUUACCUGAGGCCUUCUGGGGCCUUCAGGCCGAUGUUGGGUGAAAGAUUGUAAACUUUUUUGAUGGCCGACAUUCUGUCUCAGUCCCACACUGUGGCUAACUAACAGACACGGCCAUCGGAAAAUGCUACGACCAUUCACCCUAACAUCUGCUUGUGGAUUUGUAUAGUACAAUAUAUGUAAUAAUUCAAGUUGCUAUACAUUGUCGCGCAAUGUUAUACCAUGCACACACAAAGAAGCAAGCAAGCAGACAAAGGCGAAUGAGAUGUAGCCAAGUAAUUUAGAA